CUGAGUGCUUGGGUCAUCGCCCUGCUCCCAGCAUCUCUGUUUCUAAAACCCUAAAUCUCAUAUCCAAAGCCUAACAACAAUGGCAGCAACGAUACGCAGCAAACUCCGAUCCAUGACACUGCAUCAUCAGCCGCAUUUCCGCCGCUUUGCGACCUCGAUUUUGAAUCCAGAUUCCAAAACCCCGUUCUCAAGCAAAGACAAAUCUCGGGCUGCUCUUUCUCUGCUCCGAACCGAGACCAACCCGGAACGCAUCAUCGAUAUAUGCAGGGCCGCCUCUCUAACCCCGGAAUCACACCUCGACCGAAUCGCCUACUCCAAGGCCAUUGCAAAGCUCCGGAACUCCAGUUACUUCGGGGGAAUUCGGGAAUUUCUCGAAGAGUCCAAGUCCCAACCUGGUUUCAGGUCAGAAAGAUUUAUUUCUCACUUUGUUGUUCUCUAUGGCCAAGCUGGCAUGCUCAAUGACGCCAUUCAGACUUUUGAGCAAAUGGAGGAGAUGGGCAUCCAACGAUCGGUGAAAUCGCUCAACUCUCUGUUAUUUUCUUGCCUUGCAGCUAAAAACUAUGGAGAAAUGAAGAGAAUUUUCGUGGAAUUUCCUAAAAAAUAUGGGAUUAUUCCUAACUUAGAUACCUAUAACACCAUGAUUGAGGGGUUUUGCGACUCGGGUUCUUCUAGUUCUGUUUAUUCGAUAUUGGAUGAAAUGAUUAGGAAUAAAGUUAAGCCAAAUGCUACAACUUUUGGACACUGUCUUUCAGGUUUUUACAUGGAGGAGAAGUUUGAGGAUGUUGGGAAAAUACUGGAGAUGAUGAAGCAACAUGGUGUUGCUUCUGGGAUUGGUACUUAUAACAUAAGGAUUGAGAGCUUGUGUAAGCUCAAGAGGUCGAAGGAGGCAAAGGCAUUGCUUGAUGGAAUUUUGUCUAGGGGUGUGAAACCUAAUUCUGUCACCUAUACCCAUUUGAUUCAUGGAUUUUGUAAGGAAGGUGAGAUGGAAGGGGCAAAGAGCUUGUUUAAGGAGAUGGUUGAUAGUGGCUGCCAACCAGGUAGCGAAUGCUAUUUUACGAUGGUUUACUUUUUAUGUAAAGGUAAGGAUUUUGAGGCUGCAGUGAAUAUCUGCAAGGAAUCUAUGGCAAAGGGCUGGGUACCAAAUUUCACCACUAUGAAGUUGCUUGUGGAUGGUCUUGCAAGCACUUCAAAGGUCGAGGAGGCAAGGGAAAUCAUUGGACAGUUGAAGGAGAAGUUCUCUAGAAACGCUGACAGGUGGACUGAGAUUGAAGAGGGGCUAGCCAAGUAGGGAAAGGAAGCAUGGUAAACUUGUCUAGUUGUCUAGAUUUUGAAUAAUGUUGUGGUAUUGAAUUUUUUUAUCGUUCGUGUUUAGCUGUUAAAAUAGUUAGCAUUGACUGUCUCCUGCUGGUUUAAAAGAAUUUGAUGGUGAUAUUUAUCAAAUACUCUUCUCCAUAAUUAAUCCAUUUGCACUGUUGUAGAACUAUUUGUCUGCAGAAUGAUAUCCAAAGAAGCUUUUCUUCUUGAUUA